AAUUAGGAUUAAUUAAUUCGUAUUUAAAAUCAUUAAUUCAGCCCUUAAAAAGACCCAUUAACUGAAGGCGAUAAAAGCCCAACUUUUGCCAUAGAAAGCCCAACUACAAAGCCCAUUCUCAACCGACAACAUCUACACCCGCUCUUUUCCUAACUCAUCUUCACACCACCACCACCACCACCGUACCGUCACCGCAACGCCUAUGGAUCCAAUCAGCAUCGACAAAUCUGGCGCCAUAUUCGUGGCCGGGCACCGCGGGCUCGUGGGCUCCGCCGUCGUCCGCAAGCUGACCUCCCUCGGGUACACGAACCUCCUCCUCCGCAGCCACGCGGAGCUCGAUCUGACCUCCCAAUCCGCCGUCGACGCCUUCUUCGCGGAGCAUAAACCCCAAUGCGUAAUCCUAGCCGCCGCCAAAGUAGGCGGAAUCCACGCCAACAACACCUACCCGGCGGAUUUUAUCACCAUCAACCUCCAAAUCCAGACGAACGUCAUCUCCUCCGCCUUCAAUCACAAAACCCUAAAACUCCUCUUCCUGGGAUCCUCCUGCAUCUACCCCAAAUUCGCCCCGCAGCCGAUCCCGGAAUCCGCCCUCCUAACCGGCCCGCUGGAGCCCACCAACGAGUGGUACGCCAUCGCGAAGAUCUCCGGCAUCAAAAUGUGCCAGGCGUUCCGGAUCCAGCACUCGUUCGACGCCAUCUCUGCCAUGCCCACCAACCUCUACGGCCCCAACGACAAUUUCCACCCCGAAAACUCCCACGUUCUCCCGGCGCUGCUGCGCAGGUUUCACCAAGCCAAAUUGAGCAAAUUGGAGAAUGUGGUGGUUUGGGGGAGCGGGACGCCGCUGCGAGAGUUCCUGCACGUGGAUGAUCUCGCCGACGCCAUCGUCUUCCUGCUGGAGAAGUACAGUGGGUUGGAGCAUGUGAAUGUGGGGAGUGGGAAGGAAGUUAGCAUUAAGGAGCUGGCGGAAUUGGUGAAGGAGGUUGUUGGAUACCAAGGGCAGAUCAUUUGGGAUUCGAGCAAGCCCGAUGGCACGCCUAGGAAGCUCAUGGAUAGCUCCAAGCUUGCCAGUUUGGGAUGGGAGCCCAAGAUUUCGCUCAAGGAUGGACUUGCAAACACUUACAACUGGUAUUUGGAGAAUGUUACUGCUUAGCCACAGCUCAUUUUAUCCUCUGUUUCUUCAAAUCUAUAUAUCUUUUCAACCAUCUCUGUAUCAAUAUGUUGUUAUUUGGAUUCAUAAUUUAAACAUUCGCAUAUUGAAAUUUAUUAUGGCUGGGAGAUGGUGUUUGAUUUGCA